AUGCCUGACUCAGAGCUCGCACACCUCUCGAUCUCGACGCUCAAGGUGGUCCUCUUCCAGAACCACGUGAAUGUGCGGCUCAUCAUCGAAAAGGAAGAGCUCAUGAAUAAGAUGUGCACACUGCUCGGGGAGGAGCGACAUGAACAUGAGAAGCAUGUGCAUGACUUGGAGGUGAAGAGAUUGGCAGAGGAGAUGCGUGGGGACAUGGAGGAGGAGAAGCGUAGGAAGGCUGAACAGGCAGCAUGCGUGUGGGAGGAUAUGAGUGCAUGGAUGGAAGGCAUUGGCACACAGACCGCAUCAGGGGAGAGCAGCACCAAUCAACCCGACCACUUCGCACAGAAUACGGAAUGGUCACAUGAAGACAGGACAGAUGAAGUCAUGUCACCACCGCCACUGCCUGCCAAGCCUCCUGCAUCCUCUCUGCCCAUGCUGGCCUUUCUGCCAACAUGCAAGCCAUGGCUUCUCAGCUGA